AUGGUUCUUCGAUACACAACGAUCACACCGCCUCCUCCUGCUAGGGGGGAUGUGCCCUCUACCCUUCUAGAAGACAGGCAUGAGGAGCUCAUUGGGGGGAGCAUUGGGGGCAGCAUUGGGGGCAGCACUGGGGGGAGCAUUGGGGGCAGCAUUGGGGACACACUGGGGGGAGCAUUGGGGGCAGCAUUGGGGGCAGCACUGGGGGGAGCAUUGGGGGCAGCAUUGGGGGGAGCAUUGGGGGGGGCAUUGGGGGGAGCAUUGGGGGCAGCACUGGGGGGAGCAUUGUGGGCAGCACUGGGGGGAGCAUUGGGGGCAGCAUUGGGGGCAGCACUGGGGGGAGCAUUGGGGGCAGCAUUGGGGGCAGCAUUGGGGGGAGCAUUGGGGGCAGCAUUGGGGGGAGCAUUGGGGGGGGGCAUUGGGGGGAGCAUUGGGGGGAGCAUUGGGGGGAGCAUUGGGGGGAGCAUUGGGGGCAGCAUUGGGGGCAGCACUGGGGGGAGCAUUGGGGGCAGCAUUGGGGGCAGCACUGGGGGGAGCAUUGGGGGCAGCAUUGGGGGCAGCACUGGGGGGAGCAUUGGGGGCAGCAUUGGGGGCAGCACUGGGGGGAGCAUUGGGGGCAGCAUUGGGGGCAGCACUGGGGGCAGCACUGGGGGGAGCAUUGGGGGCAGCACUGGGGGGAGCAUUGGGGGCAGCAUUGGGGGCAGCACUGGGGGGAGCAUUGGGGGCAGCAUUGGGGGCAGCACUGGGGGGAGCAUUGGGGGCAGCAUUGGGGGCAGCACUGGGGGGAGCAUUGGGGGCAGCAUUGGGGGCAGCACUGGGGGGAGCAUUGGGGGCAGCAUUGGGGGUAGCACUGGGGGGAGCAUUGGGGGCAGCAUUGGGGGCAGCACUGGGGGGAGCAUUGGGGGCAGCAUUGGGGGCAGCACUGGGGGGAGCAUUGGGGGCAGCAUUGGGGGGAGCAUUGGGGGGGGCAUUGGGGGGAGCAUUGGGGGGAGCAUUGGGGGGAGCAUUGGGGGGAGCAUUGGGGGCAGCAUUGGGGGCAGCACUGGGGGGAGCAUUGGGGGCAGCAUUGGGGGCAGCACUGGGGGGAGCAUUGGGGGCAGCAUUGGGGGCAGCACUGGGGGGAGAAUUGGGGGCAGCAUUGGGGGCAGCACUGGGGGGAGCAUUGGGGGCAGCAUUGGGGGCAGCACUGGGGGGAGCAUUAGGGGCAGCAUUGGGGGCAGCACUGGGGGGAGCAUUGGGGGCAGCAUUGGGGGCAGCACUGGGGGGAGCAUUGGGGGCAGCAUUGGGGGCAGCACUGGGGGGAGCAUUGGGGGCAGCAUUGGGGGGAGCAUUGAGGGCAGCAUUGGGGGCAGCACUGGGGGGAGCAUUGGGGGCAGCAUUGGGGGCAGCACUGGGGGGAACAUUGGGGGCAGCAUUGGGGGGAGCAUUGGGGGGAGCAUUGGGGGGAGCAUUGGGGGGAGCAUUGGGGGGAGCAUUGGGGGCAGCAUUGGAGGCAGCAUUGGGGGGAGCAUUGGGGGCAGCAUUGGGGGGAGCAUUGGGGGGAGCAUUGGGGGGAGCAUUGGGGGCAGCAUUGGGGGGAGCAUUGGGGGGGGCAUUGGGGGGAGCAUUGGGGGGAGUAUUGGGGGGAGCAUUGGGGGGAGCAUUGGGGGCAGCAUUGGGGGCAGCACUGGGGGGGGCAUUGGGGGCAGCAUUGGGGGCAGCACUGGGGGCAGCACUGGGGGGAGCAUUGGGGGCAGCACUGGGGGGAGCAUUGGGGGCAGCAUUGGGGGCAGCACUGGGGGGAGCAUUGGGGGCAGCAUUGGGGGCAGCACUGGGGGGAGCAUUGGGGGCAGUAUUGGGGGGAGCAUUGGGGGGGGCAUUGGGGGGAGCAUUGGGGGGAGCAUUGGGGGGAGCAUUGGGGGGAGCAUUGGGGGGAGCAUUGGGGGCAGCAUUGGGGGCAGCACUGGGGGGAGCAUUGGGGGCAGCAUUGGGGGCAGCACUGGGGGGAGCAUUGGGGGCAGCAUUGGGGGCAGCACUGGGGGGAGAAUUGGGGGCAGCAUUGGGGGCAGCACUGGGGGGAGCAUUGGGGGCAGCAUUGGGGGCAGCACUGGGGGGAGCAUUGGGGGCAGCAUUGGGGGCAGCACUGGGGGGAGCAUUGGGGGCAGCACUGGGGGGAGCAUUUGGGGCAGCAUUGGGGGCAGCACUGGGGGGAGCAUUGGGGGCAGCAUUGGGGGCAGCACUGGGGGGAGCAUUGGGGGCAGCAUUGGGGGGAGCAUUGGGGGGGGCAUUGGGGGGAGCAUUGGGGGGAGCAUUGGGGGGAGCAUUGGGGGGAGCAUUGGGGGCAGCAUUGGGGGCAGCACUGGGGGGAGCAUUGGGGGCAGCAUUGGGGGCAGCACUGGGGGGAGCAUUGGGGGCAGCAUUGGGGGCAGCACUGGGGGGAGCAUUGGGGGCAGCAUUGGGGGCAGCACUGGGGGGAGCAUUGGGGGCAGCAUUGGGGGCAGCACUGGGGGGAGCAUUGGGGGCAGCAUUGGGGGGAGCAUUGGGGGCAGCAUUGGGGGCAGCACUGGGGGGAGCAUUGGGGGCAGCAUUGGGGGCAGCACUGGGGGGAGCAUUGGGGGCAGCAUUGGGGGCAGCACUGGGGGGAGAAUUGGGGGCAGCAUUGGGGGCAGCACUGGGGGGAGCAUUGGGGGCAGCAUUGGGGGCAGCACUGGGGGGAGCAUUGGGGGCAGCAUUGGGGGCAGCACUGGGGGGAGCAUUGGGGGCAGCAUUGGGGGCAGCACUGGGGGGAGCAUUGGGGGCAGCAUUGGGGGCAGCACUGGGGGGAGCAUUGGGGGCAGCAUUGGGGGGAGCAUUGGGGGCAGCAUUGGGGGCAGCACUGGGGGGAGCAUUGGGGGCAGCAUUGGGGGCAGCACUGGGGGGAGCAUUGGGGGCAGCAUUGGGGGGAGCAUUGGGGGGGGCAUUGGGGGGAGCAUUGGGGGGAGCAUUGGGGGGAGCAUUGGGGGCAGCGUUGGAGGCAGCAUUUGGGGAAGCAUUGGGGGCAGCAUUGGGGGGAGCAUUGGGGGGAGCAUUGGGGGGAGCAUUGGGGGCAGCAUUGGGGGGAGCAUUGGGGGGGGCAUUGGGGGGAGCAUUGGGGGGAGUAUUCGGGGGAGCAUUGGGGGGAGCAUUGGGGGCAGCAUUGGGGGCAGCACUGGGGGGAGCAUUGGGGGCAGCAUUGGGGGCAGCACUGGGGGCAGCACUGGGGGAGCAUUGGGGGCAGCACUGGGGGGAGCAUUGGGGGCAGCAUUGGGGGCAGCACUGGGGGGAGCAUUGGGGGCAGCAUUGGGGGCAGCACUGGGGGGAGCAUUGGGGCCAGCAUUGGGGGCAGCACUGGGGGGAGCAUUGGGGGCAGCAUUGGGGGCAGCACUGGGGGGAGCAUUGGGGGCAGCAUUGGGGGCAGCACUGGGGGGAGCAUUGGGGGCAGCAUUGGGGGCAGCACUGGGGGGAGCAUUGGGGGCAGCAUUGGGGGCAGCACUGGGGGGAGCAUUGGGGGCAGCAUUGGGAGCAGCACUGGGGGGAGCAUUGGGGCCAGCAUUGGGGGCAGCACUGGGGGGAGCAUUGGGGGCAGCAUUGGGGGCAGCACUGGGGGGAGCAUUGGGGGCAGCAUUGGGGGCAGCACUGGGGGGAGCAUUGGGGGCAGCAUUGGGGGCAGCACUGGGGGGAGCAUUGGGGGCAGCAUUGGGGGCAGCACUGGGGGGAGCAUUGGGGGCAGCAUUGGGGGGAGCAUUGGGGGGGGCAUUGGGGGGAGCAUUGGGGGGAGCAUUGGGGGGAGCAUUGGGGGGAGCAUUGGGGGCAGCAUUGGGGGCAGCACUGGGGGGAGCAUUGGGGGCAGCAUUGGGGGCAGCACUGGGGGGAGCAUUGGGGGCAGCAUUGGGGGCAGCACUGGGGGGAGAAUUGGGGGCAGCAUUGGGGGCAGCACUGGGGGAAGCAUUGGGGGCAGCAUUGGGGGCAGCACUGGGGGGAGCAUUGGGGGCAGCAUUGGGGGCAGCACUGGGGGGAGCAUUGGGGGCAGCAUUGGGGGCAGCACUGGGGGGAGCAUUGGGGGCAGCAUUGGGGGCAGCACUGGGGGGAGCAUUGGGGGCAGCAUUGGGGGGAGCAUUGGGGGCAGCAUUGGGGGCAGCACUGGGGGGAGCAUUGGGGGCAGCAUUGGGGGCAGCACUGGGGGGAGCAUUGGGGGGGGCAUUGGGGGGAGCAUUGGGGGGAGCAUUGGGGGGGGCAUUGGGGGGAGCAUUGGGGGGAGCAUUGGGGGGAGCAUUGGGGGCAGCAUUGGAGGCAGCAUUGGGGGGAGCAUUGGGGGCAGCAUUGGGGGGAGCAUUGGGGGGAGCAUUGGGGGGAGCAUUGGGGGCAGCAUUGGGGGGAGCAUUGGGGGGGGCAUUAGGGGGAGCAUUGGGGGGAGCAUUGGGGGGAGCAUUGGGGGGAGCAUUGGGGGCAGCAUUGGGGGCAGCACUGGGGGGAGCAUUGGGGGCAGCAUUGGGGGCAGCACUGGGGGGAGCAUUGGGGGCAGCAUUGGGGGCAGCACUGGGGGGAGCAUUGGGGGCAGCAUUGGGGGCAGCACUGGGGGGAGCAUUGGGGGCAGCAUUGGGGGAAGCACUGGGGGGAGCAUUGGGGGCAGCAUUGGGGGCAGCACUGGGGGGAGCAUUGGGGGCAGCAUUGGGGGCAGCACUGGGGGGAGCAUUGGGGGCAGCAUUGGGGGGAGCAUUGGGUGGGGCAUUGGGGGGAGCAUUGGGGGCAGCAUUGGGGGUAGCACUGGGGGGAGCAUUGGGGGCAGCAUUGAGGGGAGCAUUGGGGGGGGCAUUGGGGGGAGCAUUGGGGGGAGCAUUGGGGGGAGCAUUGGGGGCAGCAUUGGAGGCAGCAUUGGGGGGAGCAUUGGGGGCAGCAUUAAGGGGAGCAUUGGGGGCAGCACUGGGGGGAGCAUUGGGGGCAGCAUUGGGGGGAGCAUUGGGGGGGGCGUUGGGGGGAGCAUUGGGGGGAGCAUUGGGGGGAGCAUUGGGGGCAGCAUUGGAGGCAGCAUUGGGGGGAGCAUUGGGGGGAGCAUUGGGGGCAGCACUGGGGGGAGCAUUGGGGGCAGCAUUGGGGGAAGCACUGGGGGGAGCAUUGGGGGCAGCAUUGGGGGCAGCACUGGGGGGAGCAUUGGGGGCAGCAUUGGGGGCAGCACUGGGGGGAGCAUUGGGGGCAGCAUUGGGGGGAGCAUUGGGUGGGGCAUUGGGGGGAGCAUUGGGGGCAGCAUUGGGGGUAGCACUGGGGGGAGCAUUGGGGGCAGCAUUGGGGGGAGCAUUGGGGGGGGCAUUGGGGGGAGCAUUGGGGGGAGCAUUGGGGGGAGCAUUGGGGGCAGCAUUGGAGGCAGCAUUGGGGGGAGCAUUGGGGGCAGCAUUAAGGGGAGCAUUGGGGGCAGCACUGGGGGGAGCAUUGGGGGCAGCAUUGGGGGGAGCAUUGGGGGGGGCAUUGGGGGGAGCAUUGGGGGGAGCAUUGGGGGGAGCAUUGGGGGCAGCAUUGGAGGCAGCAUUGGGGGGAGCAUUGGGGGGAGCAUUGGGGGGAGCAUUAAUCUACUCCCACUCCGCUUGCUCUCAGUCCAAACUUCUCCUCUGCGCCCACUUCCCACCCGCCCCCCUUCUCCGCCCCGCUCCUCCCCGUGCUCCCCGUCUCCGCCCCCCUCUUACCCCCAUCCACCCCUUCCGCCACCCCUUCCGCCACCCCUUCCGCCACACCUCCCGCAUCCUGCUCCCCCCCGCCCCUCCUGCGGCCAAUCGUUACGGAUAG